AUGCGGUUAUUCCUCCUGCCAAUUUCCACCCGCCGCGCUCUCAUCUACUGCGAGCGCCGCUCCGCUGCGGCCGGCGAGAACCCUUCGGUGCUCGACAAAGUCACCAAUAAGGCGAACCAAACAUGGGCCGACUGGGAGAAGAUGUCCAACGAGGUGGCGUGGUACAAGGGCGGCUGGAAAAAGACCGUCACUGUCCAGGGCAACCGCAUCUUGCGCCGGAUCCCAUACCAGGAAUGGGGACUCAAAACGAUACCUGCGCUCAGUGGGAGACGCCGCGAGGCCGAGCUCGCUGGCAGCGAAGUGGUUGAGGUCAAGUUCCCGGGCCUGUUCCUCGAUCAAGAGCGCGUGUCGCCCAUCCUGCAGCAACUGGCGAAGGGGCGGCAGUCGUUGCAUCGCAAACGCCUAUGGUGGAGCAUUGUCGGAAUGCCGAUAUCUGCACCGUUCGCCCUGGUGCCAAUAAUACCGAACAUCCCUUUCUUCUACCUCGUCUUCCGCGCAUACUCCCACUGGAAGGCCCUGUCCGGCUCGAAGCACCUGGAGUUCCUUCUCAAGAAUAAUCUCAUCCAGCCAAAGCCGUCCCACGAACUCGACCAGCUGUAUGCUGCAGGCCUCAUCCACCCUACCAGACAACUGUCGCGCGAUGCAUCGCCGCCUUCGAAAGAGCAGGCCGAAGCGGUCGCCGAGCUUGUCAGGCGGCAAACGAACAAUCAAACCGAAGACGUUAUGGUUUUGCAAAGGUGGAAUGGCAAGCUGCUGGCUGAGCGAUUCCAUCUGCCGGAGAUGGAGGUCGAGAUCGAACGAGCGGUUGAACAGGUCGAGAACUCCAUAAAGGCAAAAGAAGAGCUUCAUGAGGAAAAGAGGGAGAUCGAAAAGGCAACGGCAUACCCAGAAGACACGAAGAAAUCCACAAAAUAA